UGCUGCCAACGACUUCGUCUCCAGCACGCUAUGAAGCGUCCGACUGUUCCGUUUUAGAACAUUCACGUUUUAAGCUUACUCUUCCUCAAUCUCUAUGUUCCCCGUCCCGCCCCAAGCUGCCUUGCGGACGACUACUUUCUUCGACUAUUCGUCCUUAUCCGGCGCUGGCGAUGAACACAUCUACCCAUCCAGGAGCAUUCUAAUCUCUUGAUUACCUGGAGCACUCUCUGCGUGGAUCUUGAAUCCCGUGAGCGCACCACGGCAUCGUCGAGCCCUCUCUUGUCAUUGAACGGCGCCGGCUAUCUAUAUUCCUUUUGGGAUGUGAAGCAUAGAUCACAGCUACUCUUCGCUCCCUUUUCUAUAGCUGUGCCGUUCUGCGAACGCGUCUGGGGUGCGUAGUCAAAGCUUUACAGCGGCACUUACUCCGAGGCAUGCAUCACCGACUUGUAUAUGUAUGUCUCUUGGCCGAUCCUGGUAUCCGGCGCCUCACCCAAUGAUACCUAUGGGCGACUAGUUGGCUCGACUGUCGUCUAGAUCGGCAGGACAGGAAAGGUUCCCUCCGUCCUUCAAUCUCCGGUUCUCUGCUGUCCUUACAGCUAUCUUGUGGUGGUCGCGUCAGAAGUGCGUAGUCAAGGAUGUUGAGCUAAACUUGCAUGGUCGCGUUUGCGCCCCCGUAGAGGAUCUAUAUAGAGCUCGGUCUAGGUAUUGCCACCCCCUUCUCACCCUUUCAACAUCAUUCUUCACGGAUAGUGAUCCAAUAGUUUCUGAUGGUUGGUACACGCUGCUUCAUGAGCGUCGCCGGACGUAAUUGGCUGGACGACAAGAUCUUGAAGGGGCCGGACGUUAAUGACGGGUCUGCACGUCAAGCAUGGAUCAAAAUUGUCGUUGAAGAAUUCAUGGCGAAGCUUCGUCAUCAGGAGGGCGUAGGGAUUAUUGGAGAGGACGGAAGGAUGACCGCCAAGAGGGUCAAGAAGUAUAUCAACAACCACACAAAGCGCGUGCUCGGCAUACCCAUCUCGCCUCGUCGCAGGCCCAGCCGUCGUGUUGUCAAGAUAACGACCCCAGCUGCAUCAUCCCCUUCCUCGUCAUCGACUACUAGAAAACGUGCUCGCAGCUUUCGUGACUACAUUAAAUCCUCCGACCCACUCGUUCGAGCUAAACUCAAGAACCUUGGAGCGCUCGAGAAGGAGGGUGCGAUUACGAAGGAUCUUAGUAUGACGUUGUGGUCGAAGUUCAUCGACUGGAGGAUGGAAUGCGAAGACGUGCUACGGAUGCGGUUUGAAUUGGAGGGUGGAGAGCAUGCAAUAUCUCAGAGCUCUCCUGCAGAUUCCGAGUCGUCUGGAGAGAGUGGCAUACAAACAACUCCUCUUACGAGUGCAAGCAGUCCUGGCCUUCAUUUUUCCGUGACGGAUGUGCGCGCCUAUCAGGAUACCGACCUUGACGCUCCCUAUGCCGCCCUGGCAGAUACUACUGGAGGUAACGCCGAGGGGGACAUGUCAUGGCUCGAAGACCUCUCUCGUUCUGCUUUCAGUCCAACAACGACCUUCAGCUCGCCAGUCGGCACUGAGAGCGGGACUGUUCCUGUUCAGCUCGCAACAGUUAGCGAUUUAACCUCAGUAGACCCUUUGAGAGGAUUAUCGGUCGCUCCGAACACCCUUGCCACCACCUCUAUGGGAGACAUGUCAUCGUAAGUUCACCUCUUCAUAGCCGAAUUUCAUUGAACGCCGUCUACCUGUAGCUUGGAUUAUCUAUCACAAUUCCUAAAUGACCCUAUGCCGUCGAGCUCAACUUCUGUCCCUUCUGCGCCUCACGGCGCUCCCACCCUUGCCCACCAGUCCUAUGGCUACGAUGACGCGUGAG